AUGAAUAUAUUGAUGAACAAGUGCCACGAGAGGAAGGCACCACUCGCGUCCGAGGUGGUGCUGAGCUUUGCCGUCGACGAGCUGCUGCCGCCGUACAUGCCGGUUCGCGAGGAUGGUGCCCCUCGGAUAACGCUCAGCUCGGCCAUCGGCCUGGUCAACAGGUACUGCAUGAUCCUUCCGUCGGACAUGUUCACGCACCUGAAGCCCACCUAUCAGUUGAGCACUGUGACAGUGGAGGACAAGGAGAUGUACAUCUGCACCAUCUACCUGCCCAUGACUAGUCCCCUCAAGGAGGCCAUCAGGGGACGGCCAAUGGAGACCAAAAAGUACGCAAAGAUGGCUGCUGCGCUCGAGACAUGCAAACGUCUGCACCAAAUAAACGAGUUUGACAACUGCUUGCUGCCCGUCAAGCGCGUGCUGAAGCUUCUGGAGGACUCGGACAAUGAAGAAACCGAAGAGGUGCCUCCGGGCGCACCCAAGCCCGGCACGAAGAAGCGCAGGAGAGUGUACCAGAAGCGGGUGUGCACACUGUUUGCCGAGGCACGAGUCUUGGAAGCGGGCCAUUACCGCCUGCAUAUUCUGACGACACGGCUCGUGAACAUGGCAUCUGAACUUCAGAACUGGCGCAACGAGACGCUCGUCGACCCCGAGGACUGCCCGACGUGGUUUGCCCUGCUCCUCCGCGAGGACAUGCCCUGCUUGCCGUCGUUUCCAAUCUUCACGCGGUCCGGUGACGAGGAGGUGACGGUGGUUCGCGCGGGCCUGGUGAGCCUCUCUGCCGAAGAAUGCCAUCGGCUUCAAUGUUUCCAUCGCGCAAUCUGGGACGACGUUCUCCGAAUGAAGGAGAGACCCCUGCUUCAGUUUGACUUGGGCUCUGCGCCUAGCUGUCCAGUUUUGGCUCCAGUGAUAAAAGACGGUGACAUAUCUAUGAUAGACUGGCCCUUUGUCGACUUAGUUGUCAGCGGAAUCGACGAGAAACGUGCGACGGGAACUGCCUACAGGUUCAAUCCCUGCCCCUACGAAGGCGCCGUGGUGGUGCCUCGCUAUGCUCCUCUUCACUACCACCACAGUACGUUCUACGUGAAGGCGAUCCGCACCGACCUUACCGUCGACAGCAUCGACGGGAAGGGCAGUUUCCGCGAGUACCUCUCCCUCAUUCACCACCUGCACGUCACCGACUCCACGCAGCCGAUCCUUGAGGUGGUCUUCACCGAGGUUCGGCUCAACCUGCUGACGCCGCGCUACCGGAACCGCAAGGGUGACGUGUUCCUCAAGAAGACAGCCAUGAACCGGCGCACGGAGCUGCGCGUCCCGGAGUUUUGCGACGUCCACCCCGUCUCGGCCAGCAUCUGGCGCAAGGCAGUGUGCCUCCCCAGCAUCGUGUACCGGCUCAACCAGCUCCUCGUCAUGGAGGAACUGCGUGCCUCCAUCGCCACGGCAACCGGCAUUGGUGUCAGGACCUUUCGGGGCCGCUGGCCAAGCGUGGACUUCCAGAGUGCCGUCUCGGGGAGCGCCACGAUCAGCUUCUCGCCCGCCCCUGACGAGGUGGAGUUCGGCAACCUCCUCCGCGGCCACGGCGACGCGGAGGAGAUACGGAUGCCCCGGCUGUCACGGUCGUUCGAGUACCAGCCGGAGCUGAGGGGCAACCCCGGCCCGAGCCCGGGACUCCUGCUGGAAGCGGUGACGUCGGCGAAGGCGGCUGACGGCUUCGACCUCGAGCGUCUCGAGGUGCUCGGCGACUCGUUCCUCAAGUUCGCGGUGACCAUCGACCUGUUCUGCGGCUCCACGUCGGCGCAGGAGGGGCUGCUGACACAGACGCGCGCCCGCAUCAUCUGCAAUCGGAACCUGCACCAGCUCGGCUCCAAGAUGCAUGUGGGAUCGAUGAUCGCGCUGGAGCAGUUUGAGCCGCUCCGGAACUGGCUGCCGCCAGGCUACCGCGUCCCCGAAGGUGCGGAGGACAUAAUGAUGGACGUCGACUUUGUCUUCUGGGUAAUACGAGAGGACACCAAAAUUCUAGAGAAGCUGAACUAUGAAGAGCUUUGCAGCAGCUAUGAGCACUACAAAGCUGAAAUGAGGAAGCCAGAGUUCGUUCCUCCAUCCCGCAACACGUCCGGGCCCGUUCCAAUCCGCCAGUCAACGCAGCUGUCUGACAAGAGCAUCGCCGACUCGGUGGAGGCCAUCAUUGGUGCCUACCUUCUUGUCACCGGUCCCAUUGGUGCCCUCAGGGUGAUGAAGUGGAUGGGCCUGAAGCUGCAGCAGUGCAACCUGGACGCGCAAGGUGCCGGCGACAAUGAAAGCGCCGCAGUGCCAGCGUUCAUGGGGUUCCCGGCACCACGAACAUCGCUACUGCGUUACACGGAUGAUCCCGAGGGCCACCUGGCGAGCCCGAGCAGUCCGUGGCAGGCUGCACUCUGCCUAGCGGAAAAGACACUCGGCUACACCUUCCGCGACCGGUCCUUUCUGCUGCAAGCCUGCACGCACGCCUCGUACUACAAGAACCG